UGCAGACGCCGGCAGUCCCGAAUAAUUCUUUACCCUGAAUUAUUAGGUUUAUUUACCUGCAGCUAGCAGGCCUCGCCCGUCGAAACUCACACCAAACCCCGCACGUCAAGAUGAUGUCCGCGCAGUUACAACAGCAGGCCAACGCGGCCGCAGCGGCCGCCGCUAACGGAGGCGAUGGCGUCGCGACUCCGGCAGCUAGCCAGCCCCAGGCUAUCGAUGCGAUCACUCCAGAUGUCGAGUCACCUGCUUUGCGAAACCGAGCUGGUGAUAGUGAAAGCCCAUACAUCCAGGCUCACCAAGAUACGCCCGUGGCAUGGCAGCUGCUUGACAAAGAUUCUGUCGCACUAGCCAAAUCGCAAAACAAGCUCAUCUUUAUGAACAUUGGCUUCAAAGCCUGUCACUACUGCCGCCUCACAACGCAAGAGUCUUUUCGCAAUAAGAAUGUUGCAGAUCUACUCAAUUCGUCCUUCAUACCGAUAAUUGUGGAUCGCGAAGAAAGACCUGACAUAGACAGCAUAUAUAUGAACUAUAUUCAAGCCGUCAACAACGCGGGCGGCUGGCCGUUGAACGUUUUUCUGACUCCUGAGCUUGAGCCUGUUUUCGGGGGUACGUACUGGCCUGGACCUGGACGCAGUACCUCGGCUGCGGCUGAGGACGGAGAAGAGCCUCUUGACUUUCUGGGUAUUCUCAAGAAGCUGCAGAAGGUAUGGACGGAACAGGAGGCCAAAUGCCGGAAGGAGGCGCAGGACAUAGUGCUGCAGCUGCAUGAGUUUGCUGCUGAGGGAACCAUGGGGGUGGGGAACACGGAGAAGGUUCCCUCAGCAGUCGCCGCUGGCACUGCCGUUAAUGUAUCCACGGAAGUCCCGGAGCCUACUACGUCGACAGAACCAUGCACAAAACUGGUUUCUGCGUCUACUCCGGCAACAGAUCUCGAUGUUGACCUGGACCAGCUGGAAGAGGCCUAUGCCAACAUAUCCAGAACCUUUGACCGCACCAAUGGUGGCUUCAAUAUAUCGCCCAAGUUCCCUACUCCACCAAAACUCUCGUUCCUUCUGCGUCUGGCUCACCUACCCCCUGAGGUGGGUGAUAUUGUUGGUGGCCCGGAAGAAGUUGCGAAGGCGACUCACAUGGCAAUCGCUACGUUACGCGCAUUACGGGAUGGAGGCUUGAGAGAUCAUAUUGGGGCUGGCUUCCACCGGUAUAGUGUCACAGCGGACUGGUCUGUUCCGCACUUUGAGAAGAUGAUCGCAGACAAUGCACUGCUCCUUGGGGUGUAUUUGGACGCAUGGUUAGGACAGGCGGUCAAGGAGGGAAGAGCUCUGACACUGGAAGACGAGUUUGCCGACGUCGUACUUGAGCUGGGCGACUACCUGGGCAAUCCCGAGUCUGAGCUCGGGUCGAGUUCAAUACGUCAAGGCUCUCUGCUGGCCACGAGUGAGGCAUCCGACUCCUAUCAAAGGAAAAGCGAUAAGCAUAUGCGAGAAGGAGCGUUUUACCUUUGGACUAGGCGAGAAUUCGAUGCCACUGUCAGCAGCACAGAAGACGGAGAUUUGACUAAUGGGAAGCACGACGGUGACUUAUAUGCGCGGGUGGCAGCUGCAUAUUGGAAUGUUAAGGAACAUGGAAACAUCCCAGAGGAGCAAGAUCCUAACGAUGAGUUCAUCAACCAAAACGUCCUACGUGUGGUCAAGACGCCCACAGAGCUCAGCACAUCGUUCGGUAUCGCAGUUGAUGAAGUCCGCCAAAUUUUAGCUGAGGCGAAGAAAAAGCUGAGGGCCCGGAGAGACAUCGAACGUGUGCGUCCGGAAGUGGACGAGAAGAAGGUUGUUGCAUACAAUGCGAUGGCCAUAUCGGCUCUGGCACGGGCUGGUGCUGUGCUCCGGUCAACUGGACUUGACAAGAAUCGCGGAAACAUAUGGAUUAUGAGUGCUGAGCAAGCCGCCAAAGACAUCAAGGCCAAAUUGUAUGAUCAAGAGACAGGAAAACUCAGCAGGCACUGGUUCAGGAAUAAGAAAAGCUUAACGGAUGCGCUGGCUGAAGACUAUGCAUUCCUCAUUGAGGCAUUGCUGGACCUUUACGAAGCCACUGGACAUGAGAGUGCUCACCUGAAUUGGGUACAACAGCUUCAAGACAAACAAAUCGAGCUUUUCUACGAUGAUGUGGCACCGUCUAGUCAAAGUCUUGACUCUGAGGCGAAGAAGGCUCAAUCUGGUUCUGGCGGGUUCUACUCAACAGCAAAGGAAGCACCGCAUGUCAUUCUGAGGUUGAAGGAUGGCAUGGACACUUCACAGCCAUCCACCAACGCCGUCUCGGCCUCGAACCUCUUCCGACUGACCCUAAUCCUCGAUAAUUUGGAAAACAGCAUCAACGGAACGAAGAAUGCAAAGCGGUACGACUACGGUACCCUGGCACGAGAAACCAUAAAAGCCUUCGAAGUCGAGAUGCUGCAGUAUCCAUUCCUAUUCACUGGACUGCUGACCUCGGUCGUGAGCGCUCGGUUAGGAGGCCAGGCGGCUUUUAUAAACGUCGGGCAAGGACUUGGAGCUGAAGAUAGCUCGAACGUCAUCGUGCGAGAAUUUGCUUGCAAGCCCAGAGGUGGACUUAGGGCGCUCUGCGUCAAGAGAAAAGAUGCCGCCCCUCAGGAAGUCAGUGAUGGCGUACCUGGGAUUACUAGUGGUAUUGAGCAGCUGAAGACGGGUGAGCACUGAAACGAAAGAGCUUAUAGCCAUUCACAAUUCUGACGGGAUUUUUUUUUCACAGUUUCUUCUCUGCUUUCAGGCUGGUUUCGUGGGUUUGGCAUGUGAUGUUUUGAUAAAUAGAUCUGUAAAUACCUACUUCUAUUCGUUGAUAGAUUAACUUUUCGGGUCAAAGAGGGGAGGUUUAGGAGGAGUUGAUAAUUCAAUUACAUAUUGAUUUUGUUGUUUAAUUAGUUUCACCUGAGGUACGGGAAAUGAAGUACCCCCAGAACGAGGAAUGGGUGAUUAUAAGUUGUGGUGUAAUGUUGGACAAAGCGAAUUGACCGUACGGAGUUGAAAGCAUGGCCUGUCCACACAGCUUGG